UUCGGAAAAUGGUAUGUCUCAGAGAGAGAAUGGAGAUGGGGAAGCGGUCCGAAUGGGUCGCCUUUUGCUUUCUUUGCUUCUCGCUUUCUCUGCAGACGAUUCAGGGUUAUAAAGAAUCUGAAACUGCGAGAACUCUUAAGCUAGAGCAAGGGGAUGCUCAUGAGGUACAUUGUUCACGAGAAAGGAGUAAGGCAGCGUGGAAGAUAAUUGAGGAGUAUCUAAUGCCCUUUGUGGAGAAAGAGAGAUACCAAAUUUCAAGAAGGUGUAGGCUUCACCCAGAUAAUGAUCUGUACAGAGAUCAGGAACAGCACAAGAGCCAUGUAGGUGUAAAUGAAUGGCAAUGUGGAUACUGUAGAAAAAGGUUUUAUGAAGAGAAACACCUUGAUCAGCAUUUUGACAAUAGGCACUACGAUUUGCUGAAUGUGAGUCACAGCAGGUGCUUGGCAGAUAUAUGUGGCGCAUUGCAUUGUGACCUUGUUAUGGACUCCGCGCCUCGCAAAACCAAGUGCAAUCCUGCUGCAGCUGCAAAGAAUCAACAUCUGUGUGAGAGCCUUGCCGAUACUUGUUUUCCAGUGAAUGGGGGUCCUUCAGCAGGCCGUCUUCAUGAAUUCUUCUUGCGCCAAUUCUGUGAUGCCCACACUUGCACUGGAGGUCGGAAACCCUUCUCUAGAGGGCACAGGAAGACUAGGAGUAUAUUCUUCCUUUCUGCUUCCAUUUUGACACUGAUGCUGUUGGCACUUUUCUAUAUCUUCAUCUAUAUGCACCGGAGGGGAAUGAAAGGGGGAACAGUGGAGCUGAAGCGCAUCUCAAAAAGUGUGCAGAAGAAAAAGCCCUCUUAGUAGGUCAAGUUUUUCCAUAUGAACACCAAGAUUCCAGAUGUACUUUAUACAAUCACAGAAAGCUUUACUUUUUGUUCUUAACAGAAAUGGAGUUACUAAUACCUCGAGGGAUAAUCCCAUUUUUAUCAA